UGCCUUCGCACGCUGCCAUCGUUCAGUGAGCGCGAGACGAGAAAGGAGACGAACGUUUGUUGGAUAUCAACCAAGCAGGACAACUACAUACAUUUAUCUCACUCUCCGGACCUAGGAGUUCUUGAGAUACGGCUACAGUUGGAUUCUACUAGCAAGCCAAACUUUCAGUCAGACCACGUACCCAGAAUGAAGGCUAUCUGUCCCGUUCGGUCUGUCAGAAGCUGUUAUGAGGCAGUUUGCUGUGUCUCAGAGCAGAGCCUCGCCAUCAGCCGUUGCAAGAGUCCCUCUGAGGAGCUGUCCGACAUGAAUGACUGUUACUCUAAACUCAAAGAACUGGUGCCCAGUAUCCCUCAGAACAAGUCCGUGAGUCAGGUGGAGAUUCUUCAGCAUGUAAUAGAUUACAUCUUCGACUUACAGAUAGCGCUGGAAAACGAGACGGACACAAACAACGCGUCCGACUUGUUCAUGUCAAUGAAGAAUUCAGAGAUGACCCGUAAUUUCUCCAAAGAGGAUGGAGCUCUGUGCCAUUAGGACAGAUGAAUGACAACGUCAACGGUGCGGGAUAGAAACUUUCUCCUCCACUUGUGGAAGAAAAGAGAGUGAAGGGGUGAGUCGGGUGAAGGAGUGAGGCUCUAUUCAGAGUGUGGGAAAGCAAUCUGCGCCCCUCUCGAGAUGUCUAUUCUUUGGUCACUGGACACUUAAACAAACCAAAUCCGUGGAGUUUUGAAGAUCACAAAAAAGAAAAGCCUUCAGAUUUUUUUCUUAAUCAUUCCUAUUUUUUGUGGCAGCAAUCAAACAUUGUAUAUUUUGUACUGGCUACAUUCCUGACUAUUUGGACUAACUAAUAUCUCUUCACACACCCUUCCUUCCCAGCCAUUCUUGGAGAAUAGCCUCCCCGUUUUUUUCUUGAAAACAUUUCCACAUUUCAGCAUGGCUGCCAUUUGGUCUCACUGAUUGACUCUAUCACUGGGAUGAUGUACAUAUUGUGCUUGAGGGUUUUUUGUGCUAUGGGGUGGGAAGGGCCUUAGGCAAUGGGAAUAUAUAUACAUACACACACACACACAUGGAUCAGAAUUUGAGCUCUAUAAUAUAGAGUGGAUUGUAUAUGUUUGUGGGGAUUGUCUAUUUCUACAGACUGUCAAAUCAACGAGUUUCAUAAACUCCUUUAUGUGUUUUGUUUGUACACACUCUUUUUACACAAGAAAAUAAAUCAUACAAAUAAAAUGAGAGAUGUGGAGUUAAGUAGUUUUUCAUAAAUGACUGAAUGUAGACUUUUUACUGUCUUUAUAGCUUCAGGUAUCCUGAAUAAAUACCUUGUGGAGAUGUACUGCAGAGAUAAUAUAGGUUCUCUAGUAUUAUUGUUGUUACUACUAGUGCUACUACUACAAUUAUUCUAUUGAAAUAAAGAAGAGUAAAACUGAUGGCCUGCACUCCCUCUCCCCUUCAACUGUUUGGAUUUAUAGUUAAUUUAUUAGAUGGCACAUCAUAACAGAUUCAAACAAAAAAUGGGAAAGUGCUUAAGAACUAUAAUAGCAGGAAUCAGAAACUGUUAAAUAAAACAAAAAAGAAAGUUUAAACAAAAUUACAAUAAAUUA